AUGCUGUUGUGGUACUCUGGAAGGCCCUCACAGCACUGUCCCCACCUAAUACUUUCAGCACUUGCGGAGGCCUGUCGCUGGGUGCGACCGUCAUGUCAGAAUCCGAGUCGGAAAGCUGCCCGUCUUCCAUGUCGCCGACCUCCAGCGCCAUGUUCCCGUGCACCUGUUGCUGGAGGAAAGAAGGUUAAUAACAUAUGGGGUGCUGUGCUGCAGGAACAGAAUCAAGAUGCAGUGGCCACUGAACUUGGUAUCUUGGGAAUGGAAGGCACUAUUGACAAAAGCAGGCAGUCCGAGACCUACAAUUAUUUGCUUGCUAAGAAACUUAAGAAGGAAUCUCAAGAGCAUACAAAAGAAUUAGACAAAGAGCUAGGUGAAUAUAUGCAUGAUGUCAAAAAAACAGAAUCAAAGGAAGAUGAAAAUGGGCAGGGUAAUCUCAAACGGAAACGACCUGUCCGAGACAGAAUAGGAAUGAACUAUAAAGGCCGAUAUGAGAUCACAGAGGAAGAUUCUCAAGAGAAAGUGGCUGAUGAAAUUUCUUUCAGGUUACAGGAACCAAAGAAAGAUCUGAUAGCCCGAGUAGUGAGGAUUAUUGGGAACAAAAAGGCGAUCGAACUUCUGAUGGAAACUGCUGAAGUUGAACAAAAUGGUGGCCUUUUUGUAAUGAACGGUAGUCGAAGAAGAACACCAGGUGGAGUUUUUCUGAAUCUCCUAAAAAACACUCCUAGUAUUAGUGAGGAGCAAAUUAAGGACAUUUUCUACAUUGAAAAUCAAAAGGAAUAUGAAAAUAAGAAAGCUGCUAGGAAGAGGAGAACACAAGUGUUGGGGAAAAAGAUGAAACAAGCUAUUAAAAGUCUAAAUUUUCAAGAAGAUGAUGAUACAUCACGAGAAACUUUUGCAAGUGACACAAAUGAAGCCCUGGCCUCUCUCGAUGAGCCACAGGAAGGACAUGGGGAAACCAAGUUGGAUGCAGAAGAAGCCAUUGAGGUUGAUCAUUCUCAUGAUUUGGACAUCUUUUAGCAUAUUUUGGAUAUU